UCUUGCCUCGUUCGAGUCGGGAGCUGUCGCUUCCCACUCGUCCUCGUUCUACAACAACUGACCCCAUCAUCAUGCUCAUCUCGUAACUCUCUCUCUCUCUCUCUCUCUCCAUCCCAUCACUCAUCUCGCUUUCAUCAUGGAGGACAAACAUCCAACUCAUUCCCCAGAUACGGGGGCGGACCUCAAUGAAAAGGCCCCACCACCCACCGCCGCCGGCUCCAACGAUUCGUCCCUUGCUCUCGGCACAGAAAAGGUCAAGGCCGAGCCUGUGUCCACGAAGACGGCCCAGUCCGAGAAGAAGGGCUGGUUCGGCAAGAGUAAGAAGGAGGUCGCGCCCAAGGACGACGAUAACGCCGAUGAGCCCCCGCCCGUCAAGCCCGCGAGCAUCCCCUCGCUCUUCCGCUUCGCUACGCGCAGAGAGCUUGCUCUCCAGUACCUCGGCCUCUUCAUUGCCGCGUGUGCUGGCGCCGCGCUGCCCUGCAUGACAAUCGUGUUCGGCGAGCUCGUGACUCUGUUCACCGACUUCGGCACCGUUUCGCGCCAGAUCGCUGUUGAGGGUCUCACUCCGGCAACCGCUGCCGCCCUCGAAAGAGCCAAGGCCAACCUCAAGAGUGAGGUCGGCAACUGCGCGCUCUACCUCAUGGCCAUGGGGUUCGCCAUGUUCAUCCUUACCUACUCUUACAUGCUCAUCUGGAACUACACCAGCGAGGCACAGAGCAAGCGUCUCCGCGAGGCCUAUUUGCGAGCCGUGCUGCGCCAGGAGAUUGCGUGGUUUGACGACAUGGGCGCUGGUGAGAUCGCUAGCCGCAUCCAGACAGACUGCCACCUUGUCCAGACAGCCAUCUCGGAGAAGAUGGCCAUCACCGUUCAACACUCUGCGACAUUCGUUGCCGGAUUUGUCGUUGCGUACGCUCGGAACGCCCGCCUCGCCGGUGUCCUCACCACCACCUUCCCUGUCAUUGUGAUCUCGGGUGGUAUCAUGGGGUUCUACGAGACCAAGGCACAGACCAAGUGUCUCGCACACAUCGCCAAGGCCGGCAGCAUAGUCGAGGAAGUUGUCUCCUCCAUUCGUACAGUCAAGGCAUUCGCAAGCGGGCCGUAUCUUGGAAAGCGGUUCAACACUGCCAUCGGCGCGAGCCGUGAUGCCGGAGUUGGCGGCGCCGCUCCUCAGUCGGCCGGCCUGGGUCUGAUGUUCUUCACCGUCUACGCUGCGUACGCUCUCGCCUUUGCUUAUGGCGGCCGUCUCGUCGAGCAGGGGCGCGCCACCAGUGGUGAUGUCAUGAACGUCGUCAUGGCUAUCCUCAUCGGCGCGUUCUCCAUCGCAAUGAUUGCCCCCGAGCUGCAGAGCAUCAGCAAGGGCCGUGCCGCCGCCACAAAGCUGUUUGAGACCAUCGACCGGGCGCCGACCAUUGACUCGGCCAACGAAGGUGGCCUGCGUCCAGAGAAGGUAGUCGGCGACAUUGCUUUCGAGAAUGUCGCCUUUCACUAUCCAUCACGUCCAAACGUGCCUGUGCUCAAGGGCCUUUCAACUACCUUUAACUCGGGAGACACUUGCGCCCUCGUCGGUGCCAGUGGUAGCGGAAAGAGUACGGUCAUCCAGCUUCUCGAGCGCUUCUACGACCCGAUCGGCGGGAGGAUCACACUCGAUGGUAUCGACAUCCGCGACCUCAACCUCAAGUGGCUGCGCCAGCAGAUGGGCUACGUUGCGCAAGAGCCAGUGCUGUUUGCCACCAGUGUCCGCGGCAAUGUCGAGCAUGGUCUGAUCGGCAGCAAGUGGGAGCACGCGCCUGACGUCGAGCGCCUCGAGCUCGUCAAAAAGGCUUGCGAGGCCGCCAACGCCGACGGGUUCAUCUCCAAACUGCCCCAGGGGUACGACACCCACGUCGGCGAGCGAGGCAUGCUCCUUUCCGGCGGUCAGAAGCAGCGCGUGGCCAUCGCGCGCGCCAUCGUCUCGGACCCCCGCAUUCUCCUUCUCGACGAGGCGACCAGUGCGCUCGACGGCCAGUCUGAGCGUGUAGUCCAGGACGCGCUGGAGAAGGCGAGUGUGGGCCGCACCACCAUUGUCAUUGCACACCGCCUCGCCACUGUCCGCGAUGCAGACCGCAUCAUCGUCAUGGGUGCUGGUGAGAUAGUCGAGCAAGGCACUCACAACUCGCUCCUUGAGGACACAAACGGCGCGUACUACAAGCUUGUGCAGAACCAACAGCUGCAGCAGAAGGCCACUGAGAAGGCCGGCGACGAGUCCAACUCCGAAAGCGAGGACGAGGGCCCCAACCCGCUCCAGCGUCACAUCUCGCCUGAGCUCUACCGUCAGCACACCCACGGCAACAGGUCUCUCGCGUCGCUCGCGCUCGAGCAGCGUCGCAUGGAUGUCGCUGCAUACUCGGCGCCAUACGACAAGGCGGGCUUCUUCCCCCUCUUCGGGCGCCUUCUCCGCGUCAAUCGCGAGCACUGGGUGUGGUACAUUCCCGGCGUCCUCGGCGCGACUGCAGCUGGCAUGGUGUACCCCGCAAUGUCGAUCCUGUUCGGCAAGACGAUCGCCGACUUUGAGCUGCCGCGUGAGACCAUCCGGCCAGUGCUUGACCGCAAGGGUCUCUGGUUCUUCAUCAUCGCCGUCCUUUCCGGUAUCGCCAUGUUCUUCAACUACUGGUCCUUCUCCCGCACCGGGUGGGAGCUCGCGAGCACGCUGCGCACCCGUCUCUUUGCUGCGGUCACCCAGCACGACGUCGAGUGGUUCGAUGAGGAGGAGCAUGCGACCGGCACGGUCACCAGCGAGAUUUCCGAUCGCCCGCAGAAAAUCCAAGGCCUCUUCGGUGUCACACUCGGUAGUAUACUGCAGGCUGUGGUGACGCUUGUCGGCGGUGUCAUCGUUGGUCUCUGUUACGGUCCGCUUCUCUCGCUCAUCGGUAUCGCAUGUGUGCCGCUCAUCAUUGGUAGCGGGUACAUCCGUCUGCGUGUCGUUGUGCUCAAGGAGGAGAAGACGAAGAAGUGGCACGCCGGCAGUGCGCAGCUGGCAUCCGAGGCUGCGGCGAGCGUGCGCACUGUUGCGUCCCUAACUCGCGAGGAGGACGUUGAGGCUAUCUAUGCUCGCUCGCUCGAGGGCCCGAUGACCAUCAGCAUCCGCACUGCAUACAGCUCGCAGGCUCUCUUUGCGGCUAGCCAGGGCAUAACAUUCCUUGUGGUCGCGCUGGUGUUCUACAUUGGCGCGCUUUGGAUCAUCGACGGCAAGUACAAUACCGAGACUUUCUUCAUCUCCCUCAAUGCUGUCGUCUUUGCGGCACUCGAGGCUGGUGACAUCUUCCAGUUCGUCCCCGACGCCAGCAAGGCCAACUCGGCAGCGCGCAGUGUCUUCCGUGUCCUUGACAACGUGCCCGAGGUCGACGCCGACUCGGACGAGGGCGUCAAGCUUGACCCUGCCACCGUGCAGGGGACGGUUGCGUUCCACAAUGUGCACUUCCGCUACCCGUCUCGUCCUGGCGUGCGCGUGUUGCGCAAGCUGUCUCUCGAGAUUCCGGCUGGCAAGUACGUGGCGCUCGUCGGCCCCUCGGGUUGCGGGAAGAGCACGACGAUCCAGCUCAUUGAGCGAUUCUACGAUCCGCAGGCUGGAAGUGUCACGCUCGAUGGGCAUGACCUGCGCACACUCAACGUCCGCAACAUGCGCUCGCACAUCGCGCUCGUGUCGCAGGAGCCGACACUUUACGACGGAACUGUGCGCUUCAACGUGGCGCUCGGCGCAGCGGACCCAAACAACGUGACCGAAGAGCAGAUCAUCGCGGCGUGCAAGGACGCCAACAUCUACGACUUUAUCAUGUCGCUGCCAGACGGGUUCGACACGCAGGUUGGCGGUAAGGGGUCGCAGCUUUCCGGAGGGCAGAAGCAGCGCAUUGCCAUUGCGCGCGCGCUCGUGCGCAACCCCAAGGUGUUGCUGCUCGACGAAGCGACUGCAGCUCUGGACUCGACGUCCGAGCGCGUGGUGCAGGCUGCGCUCGACAACGCUGCGCGCGGGCGAACGACAGUGGCGAUUGCUCACCGCCUGAGCACGAUCCAGCACGCCGACAUCAUCUACUUUAUUGAGAACGGUGCGGUCGUCGAGCGUGGCACCCAUGACCAGCUCAUCGCCAAGGGCGGCGCCUACGCCGGCCUUGUGCAGAUGCAGGUGCUGAGCCGGGUACACUAGGCUGUCGUUUACGCUUUGUCACUUCUUGCCCUUCCUUGCCCCUACCGUAGAUUGCAACUAGAGCUGUAUCGUCAUCAUGCACGCUGCAUGUUCCCCG